AGUAACAAAAUGAUAGUUAUUGUACUGAUAAUCUCUAUUUAUCAGUCUUGUAUAAACCAGGAUGAAGAGAGGUUAGUUUAUUGGUGUAUCAAGUAAUAUGGACUUUUAUUAUUUCUUUUAUUGAUUACCGAGCGCCUUGCGGAUAAUAUAGGUAAUAACAGUGUGAAUCAAUUGCAGUUUUCUCUUUUAUCGGUAAUGGCCAUCGUGCACUUCAGCUGCGUAAAAUAAUCAAUAAACAGCAGUUCUAGUGAGUUAUUAAUACAUUACUGUAAAAAUGGAGUUAUACCUCCGGACCAGUGUAAUUAUUUAAACAAUUCCAAUGGUAAAACGAGCUGCUGUUUUAUAAAAUCAACUGAAUAUAUACACCUGUCAAAACUAGCAAGACCAUUUCGUAUCCUUGGUGACUGCCUAGCAACCGACACAACAACAUAGCAACAUUGGAGACCGACAGGAGUAGCCUUGGUGACGCAACCAUGGCAACUACAGCUCGUUUCGUAGCAGGCGGAGGUAGCAGCAGCCCUCCUACUCCAGCGCCGGCUACUACACCCCCGGCUCAGCCUCAACAAACUCAGCUCAUUGUUCUGCCAGCUAGUUUACAUCAGACCGCAACCGGUACCAUAGUCAACGGUGUGCCGGUUAUAGACGUUUCCGCGUUGGAGCAAGCUGCCGAUUCGAGUAACGAAAGCAGUGCUACUGCCGAACAACCAACCGAGAACCACGAUUCCGAUCCGCUUGCGACCACGUCCCCUCAUUUCAUAACUGUUACAGUAGCGGAAGGUGACAGUGUGGCUUCUCAUCAAGGCUACCACAUCCAAUAUGUCGAACCGGAAAUAUACGCUACCCAAACGAACGGCGGACAGGCACAGAUGGCGUAUCCGGUUUAUACAGUCGGAGAAUCGGCGACCCUUUAUCCGAUUACGAACGCUGGACAGGGACAAGGUCAAUAUUAUGCAGCUACGAAUUCCGGUACGACAACUGUUACGGGUACCGUCGGUUAUACCACAACCGGAGGACAGUACGUAGUUCAGCACGCCGUGGAUCCGGAGUCUCUCAUCUCUAACAGGGUAUCACCUCAAACUACUAGUGCGGAAACGAGUUACGUUGCUACAGCGACAGUGCAUGCUUCUCAGCCUUCGGUAGUUACAGGUGAAGACGUAGGAUCAGCCCUGGGACACGCCACAAGGGUGUCUCCGGCCACCGUUCAAUGGUUAUUGGAAAAUUAUGAAACUGCUGAAGGUGUUUCGCUACCUCGAUCUACUUUAUACGCUCACUACCUCAGGCAUUGCGCCGAUAACAAAUUGGAACCCGUAAACGCGGCUUCCUUCGGGAAACUAAUAAGAUCCGUAUUUUUGGGAUUGAGAACGAGACGUCUAGGAACCAGGGGAAACUCGAAAUAUCACUACUACGGCAUCCGAGUUAAACCCGGUUCUCCUUUGAUGAAUCUGGAAGAUCAAAGUAGUCGAGUGGUUCUAAAUAGUUCGAGUACCAACGGUAAAGCUCAAGGUACCGUUAGACCUUUCAAACGAAGCUCGGAAUCGUCCGAUUCCAUAUCGAAUUCCGGGUUAUCGCAACACAUCGGUUAUUUAGGUGAUGGUAGUACUGCCAUUCCAGUAUUUCCUGAUAUACAAUUCGAUGAACCGUUACCUGACGAAUGUGGCUUCGAUGAUGUGGAUACUUUGAAAUCUAUUUACAGGGAACAUUUGGAAGCGUUUUUGGAUGCAAUUUUGAGUCUCGAAUUUGCGACUGUCGAAUCGCUUUGGAGGGAAUUUUGGAGGUCGCAGUAUAACAAUAACAGCGACGAAUGCGAAGAAGAAAAAUAUCUCUCGAAAUCGAAAUUAUUUUCUUUAUGCAAUUUGGAACCCGUUCAACAUUUCAUGCGACAAGUCGAUCUGAUUUUUUACCAGAAUCUCAUUCAAGUUUUGGUACCCGACGUUUUGAAACCCAUACCGGCCACUUUGACUCAGAGUAUACGGAAUUUUGCCAAAAAUUUAGAAAAUUGGUUGACGAGUGCUAUGGCUGGAGCUCCGCAGGCCAUGCUCCAAAUAAAACUCACCGCGGUGUCGGCGUUUAGCAGCAGUUUGAGACGCUACACUUCCCUCAAUCAUCUUGCUCAAGCAGCCAGAGCCGUGUUGCACAAUAGCAACCAAAUCGGACAAAUGUUGGCGGAUUUGAACCGAGUGGAUUUCCAUAGCGUUAGAGAACAGGCAUCGUGGGUAUGUCAGUGCGAUAACGAUUUAGUGGCCCGUUUCGAAAACGAUUUUAAAUUGACGCUGCAACAACAAAACUCCUUGGAGCAAUGGGCGUCUUGGUUAAAAAAUGUCGUAAAAAGCGCUCUGAAGCCUUACGAAGGCAAACCGAGCUUCUCGAAAGCGGCAAGACAAUUUUUACUCAAAUGGAGCUUCUACAGUUCAAUGGUAAUAAGAGAUUUAACGCUUAGAUCGGCGGCUAGUUUCGGUAGUUUUCAUUUAAUCAGGUUGCUCUACGAUGAAUACAUGUUUUAUUUGAUUGAACAUCAAGUAGCCGAAGCCACUGGAGUCGUACCUAUUGCCGUUAUUUUGGAAGGAAUAAAACAGGACAUACUGGAGAACAGUCUGAGCGUUUAUGGUAACGACAAUUUUACAUCAACGAAAUUGCUUUGCGCCAGUCCCACAGAGCCCUUAUCAAAACGUUCCAAAAUUAGCUAGCUCAAAAACCAGAAAACCAAACUUGUUAUUCCACCAUUUCAUUAACACUACUACUAUCAAAGGUUGUUUUUUUUUCUUUUUAUUCAAAUCUUUUUAUCUUUUUUCCCGUUUAUAGGGACCACGUUCUUAAUUUGUUUAUUGUAUUAUAUUUUAUUUGAUCAUUUUAAGUGAAAUAAGCCGAUUAGCAUUUUAAAAUGGCAAAUGUUACUCGAUGAAUUUUUGUUGCUUCGUAUAUGUCGAAGGGCUUAUUUCACUUGAAAAUUUCCACUUUGAGUAGAAAGAUGACAAAAAAUACCGUAGCGAUUGUAAUGAACUGUUUAGGUGUGUUAUAUUUGUGCAAUCUCGGUUAUAUUCAUGUAUAACCGCAUAUGUAAGUGCCGUCAAAACAUUUGUGUGACAAAUAAUAAGUGUGUAUAUAUAAACGUUUUAUAUUUUGGCACUUAUUUGAUUUGUUUUGUCGAUUAAUGAAGGUGUAUUUAACACGUUGGCUGCCUAUACACACCACAUUGGUUUCCUCAGCAGGACCGUCUUAAUGUCUAUCCCCAGGACCCUUUAGGGCCAAAUAAUAGUUGAAAAAAAUAAUUAAAAUAAAUUUUAUCUUAAACAACAGGGUGAAUGUAUUAAUAAACUGUUUAUGCUUCUAAAUGCUCUUGAUUUUAGGUCUCUUCUUAGAAAUUUUGUUGUUUCGAUCCCUUUUAGUCUUUAUCAAAAUAUUUUUAGUCGAAACGUCAAAAUUUUUAUCUCUUUAAAAAAUUAUAAAAGAAACUUAAUUUUCAAUCAGAAGAGAUUUAAAACGAGAAUAUUUAGAAGCAUAAACGUAUCAAAAGGUCUAAGAAAUACCAAAUUGAAAAAAAAUUAAAAAAUUGUUUUAAUACGGAUCAUAAAUUUUGUGAGUGAAAAGUGAAAAUUUUGACAUAAAUUAAUGAAGCUGGAGGAAUUUUUUGUUUCUUUCUGAAUAUUAUGUAAUCUUGUACACUGAGAAACUUUUUUUUUAGAAAAGGGCCUCAAUUUAUGUUAGGUUUAGUGCCACUUGAUUUUGAAAGACGGUUCUGUUUCUUUUAUUAAUUAUUAUGAAAUGAAAUUUAAUAAUAAAACAAUAAAUAUCACCUUCAUAUAGACUGUAUUGAAAUAUUUAUUUUUAUUUAUUUACAUAUUACAACAUCGACUGAUUUAUUUGUUGGUUUCUUUUAUUGUAUAUACAUAUAUAUCUAUUGUUUUUCACUUUAUACACGGAGAAACGGUUUAUCUGCUUGUUUUUCAUUAUUUUUUUCUUAUUUAGGGAUAUUUUUACGAAAUAAAUGGAUUUUUAUUUAUAUAUGGGCAAAACCAGUGUUUCGUGAGAAUGUUUAAAGUCAUAUAAUCACAUUAUAGACCAAACAAAAUAUAAAAUUUAUAUUGUGAGUUGAUAAAUCGCAAUUAUGACAUGAGUUUUAUAUAAAAAAUACCAAAAUCUGUCCAUAAUGGUACCUCAAAAUACCCUAAUCACGCCAACUUUUUAUAAAUACUGAAUAAUAUUAACGGAAGUUCCUUAUCGACUUUGAACGUUCUCGUAAAAACUGUAAAGAAGUUCGUUGCUCAAAAGUGUAAUCCAUCCAUUGAAAAAAAAUAUAUAUAUAAAUAAAUAUUUAAAAAAAUAAAAAAAAACAUAAUACGCAGGGUAAAUGAAAUAUUCCUUUAAUCAGUACAAGUAACUAUUUUUGAAAAAAUAACCCGAUUUGUUGAUAAUAAUUCAUUUCGAAAUAAAGUACGACUCACAUUCACUCAUUCCAUUAAAAUACAGGGUGUUUUAACAAUAUGGUAUCUAUUUGUUGAUAUUCGGUGAGUGAAAUUUUUUCGAAUAAUCAAUUUUACCACCCAAUAUUUUCAAUUGAUCUUUCAACAUUUGCAAUUUAAGUUUCAAGUGACUUAUAGUCUAGUCAAAUUUGGCAAUUUCAAUUUUUAAAAAAAUGUGAAUGGUACUUUUGAACUACUUGAUCAUAUAUACACUUGAUUUAUAAGAAUUCUCACCAAUCAAAUACGAUGUGAAACAAUUUGUUUGGACGUUUGGACAGUUGACAGCCGCAUUGUUUUUUCCCUAACGUUAAGAAUUCAUUUUAUAUCAAAAUUGGUUCCAUUUUAAUUAUAUUUAAUUGCGUUUUGAAUUGAUUUGAAAAUUUUUAUAUAUAUGGCUGAUUUUUUAAAAUAUUUCUUCUAUGUUUUUACUAUAACCAAGGCGCACUUACAGUUUUGGCACCUGUACUGACCUUUGAAAUUUGAUAUCUUAGUCCCCAGUAUGUGGUAUUAUAUUUCAAUUUUUUAUUAAAUUAAUUUUAUUUUUGUAGAAAUUUCAAAACUUGAAAGUUUCUCCUUGUGAAUAAUAAUUUUUUUCAAAAUAUUUUUAAUCGAAAUUGAAUAUUCCUCGUUUUCCGUCCUAAAAGGUCUGUUUUUCAACUGAUUUUCCUAUUUCGUUACAUUUAGUUUGUCACCAAUUAUCUUCAGAUUGAUUCGUUACCCUCUCUACUAUAUCGUAAUGUUUUUCUUAUUUAGUUAAUUAAUAAAAACUGUCUCCCACGUUCUCUAUCUAUUUAUGCACUUUACACUACACUUCACUAAUUUAUAUAAAUCACUUAUCACUAACACUUAAAUAAUUUAUUUAAAUUCUUCGAUUGCUUUUCUAUUUUGUUUCGUUUAUUAUGACUAUUUAUUAUAAAUUAAACUAAACGGCGUUUCACAAACUCCUUUAUAUAUCCCAAAAGUUGUAGAAAAUUCUUCAAAAGAAACGAUGUAAAUAAACCGCUUGCUAUUAAAACUUAUGCAAAAACAAUGAUCAACCGAAUUCCGGGUACUUCAUCAAAGGAGGCGCCUUCGCCGAAAUUUAAAAUUCAUUGAAACCAAGCGAUGCCGGAACAAGGACCCAUUUCGCGAACUUGUUUGUAACAAUAUAAUUUUUCUAAAUUUCUUACCCUGUAACCAGGGGCAAUUUAAUGUAAUUAUAUCUAAAAAAAAUAUUUUGAAACUAUUCCAUUUAUUUCUCUUAUUUGAACGAUUCUAUAAUGAAACGAUUUAUUAAAAAAAAAUUAAAUUUCAAGUGUACUUAUGAUCAAAAUUAUUUUUUUUUAACUAAAGUUGCCUCAAACAAAAAUACGAAUAUAAGUAUAAUUAUGUGAAUAGGAAAAUAUAAAUUUUGUAUUUGCUGUUGACGAUUUUGUAUAGUCAUCAUAUUUCAAAACAAAAGAAAAUCGUGUGCUUGAAACGCAUGCCCGGAUUGGCUCGAAAACCUCCCGCUUUUUAGGACACAAUUGGUAAUUACCUGAAGCCAAUUUGGAUUUGUGAAAAAUGCUAAAAAAAUCGGAUACCUUCCGAAUUUUUGUAAAAAAAACGCACUGUUCACCAUGAAUAUGUUAAUUCAGUUACUACUAAGCUAAGGAUCAAACAAUAUCAAGUCAUGUCAUGUUGGUGGAAGAACUCAAGUAGCAGCACCAAUAUUGUGAUACCAGGGGUAUGCUCGUUAUCAAACCAACGUGACUCACCCUUCAAAAAUCCUUUUUAAUUACAUAGAAAACCCACAUGCUUGAGGAAGGUUAAUCUUGCCUUAAGUGACUUGUUCUUUACGUUAUCUACCCCAAUGAAUCUUUUAAUUGUCCGAAGUUAAUUCCUUUACUUCCACGGUACUUUUAGACACUUCUGGAGUAGUUUUUCAUGGUUAUUGACACUCUUGAUCAGUUUGCUUCAAACUAUCAUUGUACCAAGUUUCAUAACAAUUAACCGAAGCCAAUUUCGUUCCAUCAAAGGUAUCUUGGUACCUUCAGACACUUCUGGGGUAGUUUUUCAUGAUUAUUGACACUUUUGAACAGUUUGCUCCAAACUAUCAUUGUACCAAGUUUCAUAAUAAUUAACCGAAGCCAAUUAAUUUCCUUCCAUCCGUGGUACUUUGAGAUCUGCGUACACUUCAGGUGUAGUUUUUCAUGAUUUUAAGACUUGAUUAGAAAAACUGGCGGAAACAGAAUUUCCAUGAGAAUUGGGGUCUUUUUUUAUUUUAACUGAAAUAAUUAAAUAUGAUGGUAACUGAAUUAACGAAGCCAAUUUAAUUUUGAAUGUACCGCUUUGUAUUUAGGAAAAGGAAUCUGUGUAUUUUUGUAGAUGUUUAGAAGCUUUUUAUAGUUCUUGUUUUUUCUUUUCUGUACCACGGACAUUUUGAAUUUUUUUGCACAUCAUCGACUGUGUUAGAUCUCAGAAAAUAAAAUUAAUUUUUAUAUUUUCAAUACUAUGUAAUUAUGGUUACAAAUAAAAACUAGUCUUGUGUUGUUAA